AUGCGUGGAGGUGGUCGCGUCAAACCACCCAGUGGGCUUUUCCCGCAUCUACUUUGCCUUUGUGCACAUAUCGCGAUAGCCGCAUCUUCCGAUUACGGCAUACCUAUCGAAAUAAAACUUUGGGAUACUGGACGUACUCCCAUCGCUCACAUGGUGGACGUCACUAACGGCUUUGGAUUAAAAGUGCUAGCAGAACAUAACUUUUUGAAUGAGAACAACAUUGCCUUCUCGCCUUAUGGAUUAAUGGGUAUUCUGGUAGCGCUGUUUGAGGGGGUCGAUGGGGAGUCCUCGUACCAGAUUCAACGUGGGAUGCAGCUGCCUUGGAAUCGAAAUGUAAUGAGGAUAGGCUUUAGGGAUAUACACCGCACUUUAAAAACAUAUUUUGUACCAGAAGAAGGGUUCCUAGCAGGAUUAGCUCUAAAUAAUGAGAACGUCACAUUUAAUGAUGGCUACAAAAAAAUACUAAGGUUUUACGGUUUCGAUCUUGAGGGCGAACAACUACCUACAUUUCCGCCGGGAACCAACAGUACCAAUGAAACUUCUACCACAUCUGCUACAACAACCGUUGCGCCGACUGCGAUGAAUACAGAAACUGCUUCUACAGCUGCUCCAACUACAGUCUCACCUUCACGCGAAGAAAUAACUUCAACACCAUCGAGGGAAGAAACAACUACGAACCCAAAUGCAGAAACGAUAAAUGACGUUGAUGUCCGAAUUCCUGACGCUACAACCGUCAGUGCAGCUGCAUCAAAUGCUGAAACUACCCCCGCUACAAACACUGCAGAUCUAACAACUGCACAAGUCACUACUACAGAGUCUACAAUAUUGACUACAACUACCAAUGAAAAUGUACAAUCAACUGCUGAAGUUUCAACAAUAACAACUACCGGUGCUGAAUCAACACUUCCACAAACGGUAUCCACUAUGUCACUAACAGAUGAGCCUACAUCGAACAACGAAGUAGAUACAAUGACUACUCGUGAAACGAGUAUGCCCGAAACCACUAAUACAGAUUCUAUAACUACACAGUCUUCAACUACAAGUGAGACAAUGCAAACAGAAAGUGUAAUGACAACAAUCGCUACUGAAUCAACCACUGAUGGAAUGCCUACUACUGAGACCGCCACUACCACGGAUUCAACAACCACUGAAUCUACUAUAGAAAAUCUUGAACGACGUAAAAGAUCCAUAGUUGACUUCAUAUUUACAAAUCCGCCAUAUGUUGAUGACUACCUAGUAUACAAGUCAUAUGAUGUCGAUGCAGAGUUGCCACCAAUUAAUUUUGAUGACCAGAAUAUGUUCCUUGCCAAUGGUCUCAAGAGUGUUCAGGUGACAUACAUGCAUUACGACACUAUAUUAGAGCACGCCUACCUUCCUCACUUGGAAGCGUCUGCCCUUCGACUUCCUCUCGACAGCGAUAGAUACUAUCUCCUAGUGGUUUUGCCAUCCAGAGGCGGUGUGGCGGAGCUGGGGCGGCUUCUCUCCAGAAUGGCCCGCGAGUCCGACCUCUCAGACGUCUAUGAAGCCUUAAGGCCGAGACGAGUUCGUGCCAUAGUCCCCAGCUUUACUGUUAAAGGGCAUGUGACUCUUACCACGGAUUUACAAAAGCUGGGCAUUCGAGAUGUGUUCGAGCCUCGCCAACGAGACUUCACUCCAAUGACCCACCAGGCGGGAGUUUACGUGCGGAGUAUAGAGCAAGCAGUCUCCGUCGCCAUCCGCAAGUAUAGGCCGGACGACCAGAAGAAAAACCGGUACGUGAACAACCGGCAGCCGGUCCGGUUCCUGGCGACGUACCCGUUCCUGUACUUCGUGAUGGACAGCAGCAUCCACGUGGCACUGAUGGCCGGCAAGAUGGUGGACCCGCUCAAUAACAGAAUAUUAUAG